AUGUCCCUCACCAUUGAGAACAUCGAAAGGUUUCUAACAAAAGCAAAGAUGAGCAUACCUACCUCCGAACCUUCACAGCCGAUGCGAACAGACGAACAAUCAGAAAUGAACUACGUCAUGAAAAAAUACUCCGAAGCCCGAGCAGAUUGCAUAAACGAAGAAAACAUCAACGAAGUUGCGGCCAAACAAUUCGAAGAGACGCAAAAGGUGACACCUGAAUUGCAUUGCUUUGCGGGGUGUGUGGGCUACAAGACCGGCAUCAUAAAGAAGGAGGGAGGUUUCAAUGAAGAGGCAUGGAAGGGUUUUGUAUCUAGGAUCGGGGAUGACGAGAAGAGGCAGAAAUUGUUGCGCGUGGGAACUAUGACUACCAAUGCACUUGAGGGAUUAGAUCGGUGUGAGUCUGGGAAUGAACUUUCGGAGAUCUCGCAUGUGCUUAGGGAGUUGAAGGAUUAUGAGUGA